AUGAGUGCCAACACCACGACCGCGUUCACGACCAAGCUUCGCAAGUUCGACGGAACGGGCUACCGAGUCUGGGCGCGGCAACUCCAACUUUACCUGGAGGUGAAGGACGUAUGGAGCGCGGUGCUGAAGCCCGCACCGACGUUGCUCCAGCUCGAGAACGAAGAGUCCGGCCAAGCCGAUCGGCCGUUACGGCAGCAAGAGCGACCGCUGCACCAACUGGAGAUGCAGCAGAAGCUGGCCAUGACCAUCAUUCUGGCAGCGGGGACAGAUCAAUGCUGA